AUGAUAUGGGUGAGACAAGCAAACAUGUACGAUUUGCUGGAAAUCAGCGAGUGUAAUAUGAUGGGAAUGGUUGAAAACUACCAGCAGAAGUACUACUAUUACCACUUGCUUUCAUGGCCUCAACUUACCAGAGUUAUGAUAGGCUCAACACAGAUAUGUGGCUAUGUCCUUUCAAAAUUGGAAGAUGAUAAUGAAAGAUGCGGUCACAUCACCUCUAUUGGUAUCCAAAGGCACUAUAGAAUGCUUGGAAUGGCCUCAACGAUGCUGGGACAAACCCAUAAAAUAUUUUCUACAGUAUUCCAGUGUAUAAAGGUGUUUCUAUUCGUUCGUUUUACCAACAUUGCCGCACAAAUGAUGUACCAACACAAACUCAACUACAAGGUGGUUGAAUUGCAUAAGGAGUACUACGCGGAUAGGGAAGAUGCCUUCUUGAUGUGUUGUGAUAUCGACUAA